AUGGUAUCAACCGAUUCGCAGAAAAAAGUUGCAAUAAUCACGGGAGCUGCACAGGGUAUAGGAAGAGCAAUAGCAUUGCGUCUGGCACAAGAUGGCUUUGACAUCUGCAUAGCGGAUUUACCUUCUUCUCAAGCUCUAUUAGAUAAAGUAGCGGGGGAAAUCAAAGAUAUUGGAGUAAGAGCUUUGGCUGUACACGUGGAUGUGAGUGCGGAGAAAGACGUUUAUGGGAUGGUAGACAAGACUGUCGAAAUCUUAGGCAGAGUUGAUGUAAUGGUUGCAAAUGCUGGAAUCGCACCCGUAGUUCCAUUCUUAGAAUUGAAAGUUGAAACGUUGGAUAAGGUUUACGCUGUAAACGUAAGAGGUGUAUUAUUAUGUUAUCAAGCAGCUGCAAAGCAGAUGAUCAAGCAGGGUGAAGGGGGAAGGUUGGUCGGGGCUUGCUCGAUGUCUGGUCUCAGAACAGGACCUAACAUGUCCGCCUAUUGUGCAUCGAAAUUCGCCGUGCGAGCCAUAAAUCAAGGAGCGGCACUAGAAUUUGGUAAAUACAAUAUAACGGCAAAUGUAUAUUGUCCCACGGUCGUAGAAACUGAGAUGUGGGAGAAGAUCGAUUCUCAAAUGGCCGAUAUGAAAGGCAUGGUCAAAGGUGAAUACACCGAGAAGAGAGCAAGCUUGAAUCCCUUGGGAAGGAAUGCGAAGCCUGAAGAUAUAGCAUCCAUGGUAUCAUUCUUAGCUGGAAAGGAUUCAAGUUUUGUUACUGGUCAAGCUAUGCAAGUAACUGGCGGAGACUGGCUUUCGUAG